GGUUACAUAAUUAGGCUGGCUACUAAAACUUCUUAUUUUUAUUAUAAUAUAUACAGUAUUAUAUAGUAGCACUGCAAAAAUCAUUCACAUUCAUUUGAUACUGGAAAUAAUUGACAAAAAACAAUUAAUUUAGUAACAAUAUUUGUGUGUGAUAUAUUUUAUGCAUAUUUCGGUAUCACACAGCUUAGCAACAUGCUUAAACCAGGUUUGCUCUCACAAUUGCUUGACUAGCUGUUUACCAGUCUGAACAGCUAAACCUCUCUCAGUCUAACCAGGUAUUUUUAAGCUUAAAUUUUAAGAUAAAAUGUUGACAUUGCGAAAAAAAAAAGAAAAGAAAAAAAAAAAGGUUAAGACAGCUAAAAACAGGUUCAGAGCUUUCUCAUCCAACAGAGAAAUAAGAUGCAGGAAAUGCACUCAUUAAAUAUAAAAAGAUAUUGAGAUAAUAUCAUUAUAAUUCAGUUGCUUGUGACUCAUCCAUUCUGCUGUCAGAAGAAGAGCCAUUAGCAGAAUGCGUUUAGUGGAUUCUGGGUUAGAGAUGAGUAUAGUUGGAGUGGUUUGAGGUUUUUAAUCUUUCUUCCUGGUGCGCUUAAGGCAGUCUCAUCAGAGGAAGUGAGAUUCAGUCACUCACUGUUUCGCUAGCUGAUCAGGACAGGUUCUGUGCCCAACAACGUCUGUGAGGAUGGCAAGAUUGUUCAGGAUUUGGAUGUUUAAGGUCCUCUUCUUCGGAUUGAUAGACCCAUCUCAGGCCUCCCUGCGUCCUCGUGUGUCAUUCUCUCAGGGAAGUUCAGAGCGUCUCUUGGGCAUCUACCACAGCUCUACUGUGAAGAGCACCACCACUCUGCUGCUCAGCACUGAUGCUGACACACUGUUUGUUGGAGCUCAGGAUGCUUUGCUCUCCCUAGAUGUCAGUCAACCGGAUAGUAUUACACUCAAAGACGAGCUGGAAUGGAAAGCAUCAAGAGAAAACCUGCUAACCUGUAAAAUGGCCUCAAAAAAGGAUUGUAGCAACUUCAUCAGUAUUUUACAGUUUUUCAACUCUACACACCUUUAUGCCUGCGGGACAAAUGCAUAUGGACCACAAGGCAUCAUCAUUCCAGCAAGUUAUCUGAACGCCAGCAGAGACACAAAGAACGCCAAAAACUGCUGUCCCUACAGCUCCACCCGGAGGAACACAGCCAUCAUUGUUGAUGAAGAGCUCUAUACAGCAACCAAAGUCGGCUUCUUUGGAAACAAACAAGUAAUUUCUCGCUGUCACAGCAAAGAAACCCGCAACAACCUGGAGCUUGAGAAUGUACCAAAAUUGCUACAGGACCCUGUAUUCAUCAGUUCAACACAUGUUGCCAGUGAAGGAAAGAUCCUCCUGUUCUUUACUGAGGCUGGGGACUUGACCGGAGACUUCUUGGUGAACUCUUUUUUUGUGUCUCGUGUGGCCCAGGUCUGCACGGAUGACAACGGAGGAAGCCUUACCUUACAGAAACGCUGGACAUCCUUUGCUAAGGCUCAGCUGGUCUGCCAACAAGGGGAAGAUCUCCAGUUCAACAAGCUGCAGGACAUUGUCAAGCUGUCCCCACCGGACAAUGAAUCUCCUGACAGCACUCUGUUUUAUGGGGUCUUUACCUCACAAUGGUCAGUUUCGUCUGGUCAGUCAGCAGUGUGUGCUUUCAGAUUAGCAGAUAUUAAAGCAGUUUUUUCAGGGGAUUACAAGACAUUCGAUUUGAAUGGAAAUUACUGGUCACAUCAGCCAAAUGUAGACGGCAAACUCGGCAAGUGCGGACUGUUUAACGACACUGACCGUGUGUUGAACAUUGUAAAAAAGACCUUCCUUGCUGAAAAAGCUGUGAGUCCCGUGGGGAAGAAACUGCUUCUGUCCUCCACAGAAGAGCAGUAUAGUCGUAUAGCUGUUCAGAGAACUCAAGCUGCAAAUGGACAAAGUUACACCAUCCUGUACCUGCUCACCGAGUCUGGCUUUCUUCAUAAAGUUGUCCUGCUGGCUAAAGGUCCUCAUAUCAUCGAGGAGAUUCAAACUUUUAAACAACAACAGACUGUGAAAAACAUCCUCCUCUCCAAAAGCAAGGGUGUGCUGUUCAUUGGCUCUUCUGAGGGUGUCUUCAGAGUGCCUGUGUCCAACUGCUCAGCUUAUCCAAACUGUGCAGAAUGUGUGUUAGCACGCGACCCGUUCUGUGGCUGGGACUCGGAGACAAGAGUGUGUGCUACUGUGUCUGGAAUGGGGUCUAAACUACGACAGGACGUGGAAAGCGGAAAUGUCAGCGAACAGUGCAAAGAGUUCAAAAGUACUGCUGCUACAGAGAAACGGAUUGCACACUUUAAUGAGACUGUGGUUCUACCAUGUCAGUCGAGAUCCAGACUGGCGGAGGUGACUUGGAGAUUUUCAAACAACAGCGUUGUUUCCCAAUGUCCGUACCUGCAGCGGGCCGAUGGCAGCCUGGUCUUCCCUGUCACUCCAGAGACCGUGAACACCUACCGCUGCAUGUCGAAGGAGCUGGGCUUCGAGCAAAUAAUUGCUGCCUACACUGUAAUUCUCCCGGCCAUCCCUCGUUCUCUUCCUCCCACAUCACACCAGCAACCUGACGUCAACCUGGACACGAAAAUAGAGCCCAUCCCUGAUUACUACACAACACACAAGUUUGAUGAAUCUGGUGAAAAACAACCCAGGACUAAUCGUGAAUCUACUGUAACCAUCAACACCUCUGGACAAGACACUGUUUGCAUCUCACAGAAGAGUUACUACACUGAAAUGGUUGCUUUUUGCUUUUUGUUUGUCAUUUGUCUCUUUGUAUUUGUUGCUUUUCUAAUCCUGUGGAGACAAAGCAUGAGGUGCAACAAAACCACCCCCCAGAAACAAACUAAAGACACUGAGUCAGACAAUAUCUGGCAAACAGAACUGGAUGAAAAGCAAAGCUGAACCCUAAAACCAGCACUAUCUGUAGAUUACGAAAAACUAAGGAGUGAUUCUUGACCCAUAAUUAGUUUGGAAAAUAACAACAUUUCCAUUUUGAAAUUAAUUUGAUUUGAUCACUAGAAUGCCAACAGUACAUUUCAUGAUAUUUAUAAUCAUUUGAUUUUAUUUAUAUUUAAUGAUUUUAUAUAGCUAAUCCUACUUGUUUUACUUUCAGUUUCAGUACACAAAAACCUCAUAAAACAUUGGGAUGUGAUCUAGAACCUGGAAUUUUCAAAGUUACAAAGUUUCCAUGGGAAUUAAUUGGAAAUUAUGUGAAUAAACUGGAAAUUUGCAAAAUUGCAGGUUAACCUAUAGCAGGGAACUUAAAUGUAAAACAUCUUGCAGCAUAAUCUUGGUUAAAACAACCAGAUUUAAUGCAAAUUCAGUUGAAUUUCUAUUUUCAUUUUACAUUUUCAGUGGGACUUUUUGUGUGUGUCAUAAGGAAUUUGUUUAUUAUAUUCAACAUUCAUGAUUUUUUGUCCUAAAUCGGUCAAAGAUAUCAUUUUUAUUUGUAUUAGUUUGCAUGCAUGUCUGUUUAUGAUCAAACAAAAUGUUUAUGUUUGAACAUGAUACAGUUUGUAUAAAUUACCCCAAAUUUCCAAUUCCCUUUAAUUCCUGUAAAUUCUUGUUAAGUUUGCAACUUGGAAUAUUUCUGAAAUUCCCCAGCUUAACUUCCCAUGGAAAGUUUCUGGAAAAUGUCUUGAAAUUCUACGUCCCUUUGCAAUCCUAAUUGUUACUAACACAAGAAAAAGUGAAUUGGCUUUUGCAUUUAGUGUGUGAUAUUUUUUAGAUUUUGGUUAUCAUAUUUUUCUUGUUUGAAACCAUCCUACAUUCAAUUUAUUGUUCACAAAUACAGAUUUGUAAACACAAUACCGUAAAAAAAAUACAGUGGUAUUUUUUCUAUAUAUCAGUGUGUUAGAAACGUUGAUACAUUGAUAUAAACGAUAUUUUACUGCAUAACUUGUUAAAUAUGGAUAUUUUUUAACACAAAUGCAUAGCUUCACUUCAGAAGGCCUUUAUUAACCCCCCCGGAGCCGUGUGAAGCACACGUUUAUGAUGGACGGAGGCACUUUCUUUAGAUCAUACUUAUUGAUCUGCCAUUAUAAAGCUCGGAUGCGUCAGGAUAUUUAUUAAUAUAUCUCCGAUUAUGUUCAUCAGAAAGAAGAAAGUCAUACACCUAGGAUGACAUGAGGGUGAAUAAAGCUUGGGCUAAUUUUCAUUUGAAAGUGAACUAAUCCUUUAAAGGUAAAAUUUAAUUUCAUCAAAAACUCACAGUCCUUAAGCAACAAGUCACAAUAAUAAAAAAAAGUCAUAAAACAUCAUUUUUCAAUUAUGAGUGUCCAUGUUUUUUUUUUAUCUGUAUGUAAACAUUUCUUUCUUUUUUUUUUUUUUUACUUGUGUUGCAUGGAUGCAAAAAUGCUUGUGAAUCUUGUGUUGCUAAAGCCAGAAUCAAAAUAAAUGAAUAGUUGCUUGGUUAGUAUUUAUGUUAUCAAGUCAUGUCUCUGGUUGCAGUUCACUUGGCCGAAGUCUUAUAAAUUUGUGAGUGAAGGUAUAAUAAAAUUAACUUAAACUAGGAA